AUGAGUGAAUUCCAUAAUGUUGUUGAUGUAGAUGAACAUGGAAUCUUAAACAAUCAUUCAACAGAUGAAAGGAAUGACAUGGUUGAUAAUGAGUUGGAAGUUAUUAUGACUGAUGAUUAUCAAUUUGCAAGAUUUCAUGGAGAUAAUAGGAAGAGACUGCUAAAAGAGUUGAGUAUUUUGAGUAGAUGCUCACAUGGAGAGGCUCAUAUAAAACCAUUUCAGAUUGGCCAGGUCUUCAAAACCAAGCUUGAUGUUAAAAACUUCAUGAACUCACAUGUUAUAGAAACAAGGAGGUAUCUAUACCUAGCAAAAGAUGACAAAAUUAGGAUUAGGGUGAAAUGUAAAGGUGUUGUAAGUAAGCCAUCUAAAGCAGUUGAUGGUAGUGGGCCCUCAACUAGAAGUAGGGAAAAGUGA